CGGAAAGGCCCCUGCCGCCGCGGACCAAAACCCCAGAACCCACGAGCAGGAGGCGACCUCUCAGGGCAAUGCCGUCCACGCGCGCGCUCCGGCGGCUCGAGUCUUGGCCGGCGCCGCCGCCCCGGCCGUGCCCGCAGGCAGCGGUGAAGGAGGAGGAGAGCCGGUGGCUGCAGUCCUCGUCCUCCACCUCGUCGUCUUCUUCCUCGGCGUCGGCGCCCGCCAAGCCAGCCGCCUCGGCCGCAGUGGUGCGGGGCGGAUCGGGUGGUCGCGUGUACCCGCUGCGUGACUUCCCGGGCUGGGAAGCGGCGGCGCUCGGUGGCGCGUUCAGGGACAACGUGCGGUGGCUGCUGAAGCAGUGGGGCCCCGCCGCGGGCGCCGCGUCGGGGUCGGCGUCGGCGUCGGUGUGGGGCGCGCUACUCUCGGACGAGCGCAACGGCGCCAUAGUCCCCAUCGUCGCCGUGGAGGAGCUCGCCGCCGCGUCGCCCGCGCCGCUCUGCGACCUAUGCCGCUGCGCCGGCUGGAGCCACCACUGGGUGUCAAAGCGGAAGUACCAUUUCAUCAUCCCGACAGAGACCGCUUGGGACCAGCCACUCAGGGCUGCUAUGCUCCUUGGACGCAGCGAUCACCUCCUCCACGGUCUGAUCCACAGUAAUGGCUUUGGUCACCUUGUCACACUUCGUGGUCGUGACGGUGGCUCCACUUUCCUCUCUGGCUGCGAGAUCAUGGAUAUAUGGGAUCGCCUUUGCUCCGCUCUCCGCGUCAGGGCCGUGUCUGUGGUGGACUUGACCCGGAAGCGCUCUGUGGACCUCCGCCUUUUGCUCGGUGUGGCGCAUGGAGAGACAUGGUUCACCCGCUGGGGAUACUACCUUGCCAAGGGCUGCUUCAGCGUGUCUACAUCCACCUAUGCUGCUGCAUUGGAAGCCCUAGCUGCCAUGCCUGUUGACUAUCUCCGCAGUCGCCAUGUCCGCCGUGUGGUCACCAUCUACCGCCGCCUCUCCAACAAGCCUCUGGCCACUGUCCGCGAGUUCCUCCGCUGCCUCCUUGACUGGAAGCACCGCGAGCCCCCGCUUUCGCCGCCUCCUGCGAUGACAUGCCCACGGAUGCCAUUCUUGCUACCAAAGUCAUGUGUGGUGAAGAGGCUGAGGCAGCCAUGCCAGCGCUUUGAGGAUGUGGUUGACCUGCUCCAUUGUCGGUGGUCCAAGAAGCGGCUGCUUAAUGCUGCAGAGGUCGUUGUUGAUAAGCUGCUGGAGCAUGCUGAUGGCACAAAGAUGACACGGCAGGCAGUGCGAGAUGCUUCCAGGGGUGCCAUUGGUGACACUGGUCUUCUUGACUUUGUCAUCAAGUCCCUUAGUGACACCAUUGUUGGUAAUCAUAUAGUGCGUCGUGUGCCUGACCCUAAGAAACGUGUGCUUCACUUCAGCCUCGAGGAAUAUGCUGAGCCAGAGCCAGAACCAAUGGAAGUUGAGACAGAGCGUGCCGUUCCUGUUGUCCGAUGGCCGAGCACAGCGGAGGUGGAGCGGGAUCUGCGUGCUGUGUACCGGGCAAUGGUGGAGGCGCACAGUGAGGCAGCACAGGCUGUGCUGGACUGCAAGCACUGGGUGAAAUGGUGGGGCCUCGGGGAUGAGUCUGAUGACCAGCUAAGGUUCCUUGUUGAAUGGCGACCGCGGCCAUGGGAGGCUACUGAGCUUACAAGGCUGAUGCCCCCAGGGGAUAUCGUGGUGGUGCCACUGCAUGCAUCCAUAGGUGAGCUGCUUGUCGAGGCAGAGUAUGCGCUGCGGGACACGUACUGCUUCUUUGAGGAGUUCCAGGCCGAAGCGCUGGAUGGCAUUUCUGGGGAGAAGUGGGAUCCUGUGAUGCUUGGUGGGGCAGAAUCUGGUGACACGAUCGGCGUGCACGGCCAUGGAGCGGACAUGGAGACUCGGCUACGGUACCAGGGCGGGGCUGAUGCGUGGGAGGUGCAGUGCGUGUGUGGCGCACAGGAUGAUGAUGGGGAGCGCAUGGUGGCAUGUGACACAUGCGAUGUCUGGCACCACACACGUUGCGUCGGCAUCGCGGACGGUGAGCCUGUGCCACCGUUAUUUCUCUGCAUGAUCUGCGGUGGCGCGCUCAUGGCCGCCGGGCCUAUGCUGGAUGAGGCACUAACGGUACCUGAAGUGAAGUGACUAUUCUUUUGCCCCUUUCUUAGUUCUUACAUCCCUUCGGUUCAUAUGUCUGACUGUGGUAGUCUGACGAGGUAACCCAGUUCUGAAACUACAACCUUCUGUGUAAAGCGCGUUGGUGUAGUAGUAUGUAGUAACGAUGUAAUAAUACCGGAUGUUACCUGUAGAAGUAUUAGGGCUGAGCAUGAUUAGACAGUAGAAAGGGAAGCACUAUCCAUGUCGCUAGCAAUCCGACUGGAAAUUUUGUACCUGAGACAUUACAGAAUAUGAUACUGUAAAUAGCUGUUCUGUGAUUGCACCUUUCUACUGUCCGAAUCCUGGCAAUGAACUUAAACUUGUUCA